GUUUCCUGCCAUCCGACUGGUCACAUAUCACUUCCGCUGCCGUUGCUGCGACACGGUACGUCACCAGCAAUGGCGGACAAGGAGAAGCGCCGGUCGGGGGCUACUCCUCCGGGGAUGCCCGAGGGUAAAGCCGCCAAAUCGGACAGCGACAGGGAGUUUCUGACGCAGGCAGGGGUGGGAGAGCUGCUCCGUGGGGCCAUCCUGAAGAUGGUGGAAGCCAGAUCGGACGAUCCCAUCGGUUUCCUUGCGGACCACUUCUGCAACCUUGCAUCCGUGUCAGAGACCGGCACAGCUGGAUGCAGCGAUGGGGAUCAGCUGAACAACGGCCUGGUGAGCGCAGGCGCGCACGAGCAGCAGCAUCUCAACCGGGCUCUGUGGCACCUGCGGCUGGCGCACCACUCCCAAAGAUCUGCCUUUAGUAACAAUGUCCGUGUGGCCUAUGACCUUCUGAACCUGACUGGACCUCUCCGACAAUCAGGAGAGGCCCCUGAAGGCCCUGACGGCCCCUGCAAUGACAGCCCGACUGGAGCAGGAGGAGGAGUGAGAGGAGGCCUCUACACGCAGACUCUGCAGUGUCUGUGCAGCGAGGGUGGCGUCCCCGCCUCCACCUCUGCCCCCCUCCUUCGUCGCCUUCACUGCCAGGACCACGAGGCCGUCCCUUAUGAUAUCUUCCGUCAUGGCGUGCUCACAUGCGCUGUUUUCUCAGACUACAUCCGCCAGGCUCAAAAGCUUUAUGCUGAAGUGUGCUGCCCCGAUGAAAGACCGGCAUCUCGGGCCCUAUGCCUGGCUGUGCUGGGGACCUUGAAGGAAGCCUUGGAGACAUCCCAAGGCUGUGAUACAAACAGUUCUCCUAAUGAUAAUACUAAAACAACAUCCUUUUUGGAGGCUAAUGCAAAGGCAAUACGUUACUUAGAGGCCAGUGCAAAGAUCUCUCCAUACAAGCUAGCACAGGCCAUAGCUGGGGCCCAGACACGGGGCCCUGGUGGUGAUAUGGACGCUAAGGAGUUUGAGAAUGCAGCAGCAGAGCUUUUUAUCACUCGUGUGAAAGUUGUAUCCUAGGUUUAUAUAGCUGACAUAAAUAGAAAUCCAUAUAAUAAUACUUGCACCCUCUUUGACCUCAAAGUUCACAUGGCAGCCAUUUCCCCUUUCCCAUUUAGCUCAAAUUCAGUCAUAAUGUUCUUUCUGUGUCUCUUGAUUGUGUAAACUUUUGUAAUCUGAUGACAUUUAUCCUUUUACCAGAUUGAUAAUCAGCUCUAAAGCCUAUUUAGUGGUAAAAUCUUAAAGGAAAUGUGGUUACAUUGCUAGGUAAAACAACUGAGUUUUCCAUGGAUUAGCUACUAACUGACAAAAGCAAGUGUUAGCAUGCAGAAUGACCAACUAACCAUCAGUAUUUCGCCAAUGUAGAGACCAUACAGUUGGCUAUGAAGCUGCUGAAUUCUUUCAUUAUUCUUUUGAAUGUGUUCAAGGAUAGCAAAGACAUACCUUUCUAGCUUUGAAUGCCAACAAUACCUGAUGUACAAUCACUUACAGAGUUGUCAAAAAUGUGUUUUUGUUUUGUCACAGUGAAGAACUGUUUGAAUCUUCAUGAUUAAAACACAUAUGUCUCUAUACAUAAAGUAGGGAAAUCCAGAGGGAAACAGUGCCUAUAAAAAGUA